GAUGGACCGGACCGUAGAAUCUGCAUACUCUGCCUCGUUACGUCCGUCCUCUUCGUGACCGUGGUCGGGCUGUCGAUCUAUGUAUCGCAGAUUCAUCAGUCUCUUAAACGAAUGCACAUCGAUCUCCAUCACCAGUUCACUGACAUGGAAACGAAGUACAGAUCUAUUAACGAAACCAAGGCUCAAAUUUGUAAAUUUUUGACCAGCAGAAGAGAGACAAAGUGUCCCCAGGAAUGGACCGAAAAUGAAGACCGUUGUUACUUCAUAUCCACGUUUGGAACCUCUUAUGAUGGAGCGAGGCAAAAUUGUUCGGAACAUGAUUCAAGGCUCCUCGAAAUAAAUUCAAACAAUGAAAAGAAGUUUGUUUCCAACGCUGUCGAACGAUAUGUAACAUACUGGAUUGGAAAAUGCGCAGGCAGGAAUGUGGCCUCUGAUCUUGUGUACGAGUUAAGCUAUGAAACGCCCACCUGCAGUAAGUGCGGAUCGAGUUACCGUUACAGUUGCAAAAGUAAAUUCAGAUUCAUCUGCGAGAAGACGGCAUAUUUAUACCCGGAUAUUCCUGAAGAGGUCCAAGGUCUCUGUCAACUGCCUCUCGGGCCGACUUCAAUCAAGUGACCUCACCCCACUUCUCCCCAUUCAAUCUACCUCACCCUCACUCCCCCAUCCUUUCAUCCCCUCCUACCCUCACUUCCACUGCUUCCUACCCAAGCCUCCACUACUCACGUCCCCAUUCGCCACCCUACUCUCCCUCUCCCCAUCGAGACCACUCUUCUCCCCUUCCUGCCUCGAACUACCCCACUCCCUCCAUUUACUCCUCCUUCCUACUCACUCCUCUUCUCACUCUGCCCUUCAUCUCACAAACUCAUUCCGCUUCUUCCCAUUUAUCUCUGUCUCAUACUGCAGUCCCUGCCUCUCCUCACUCCGUUCUCUCCACCCACUCUUACAUCAAUGCUGUGCAUACAAGCUCUCGAUGCCCCAACCAAGGGGAAAAAAGGCUGUGUAUUCACCCUAUCUGUGAAUCCCCUGGCUUCAUACCCACGCUCCAAGGAGCAAAGUCCCAACCUUCUUGUCUUUUCUCCAUAACUCAGAGCCUCGAGUCCCGGCAACAUCCUCGUAAAUCUCCCUCUGCGCUCCUUCCAUUUCAGUGGCAUCUUUCCUGCAGGAGGGCGACCAAAACUGAACACCGCCCUCCAAGCGCGGCCUCACAGACCUUUCCGGCAACUACAACGU